CCCCUCACAUUUUGCCGCCAUCACUUCUCUACCCUCCUCUUCAUUCAAAGUUUUCCCUUUCCAAUUUCUCUCAACUCAGAAAAACCCUUUCCCCCAACAAUCCCACCUUUUCUCCCCCAAAACUCGAUCUCCGAUUUCUCCAAUUCCACGACAUGGGUUUCUCCAAAAAGCUGGAACUCACCAAGGAAUCCGAUGCCAAGAAAUGGGUCAUCGCCGGAAUCGCGAUCCGCGCGCCUCUGAAGCCGGUUUCCACGAACCCCAGAGACGGAGGCGCCGCCGAGGCGGAGGAGGAGUCCACCACGCCGACGGCGCGUGAGUCGAGGAUACCGGAGAAGUCCGCCUGCCCGGCGCCGCCGAGGAAGCGGCGCCCGGCCUCGGCGUGCCAGGUGGCGAGGGAGUUUUUCACUCCGCCGGAUUUGGAGUCGGUUUUCAUGCGCCGCCGCGCCGGAAGCGCCGCAAACUGAUGGCGUUUUUUUAAAAGGUUGAUUUGUUGGCUUAAUUUGUAUCUUUUUUUUUAAUUAUUAGUUUAGAUUUUAGCUGUAGUUUUUAGUUAGUUUAGGGGGAUGUAUAAAUAAUUAAGUAUAGUAUGAAUCUUUUUAUCUUUUUGCUUCAA